AUGAUGCUCCGUCGGUCUGUUGCAGCAGUGCGAGUGCUAGCUCGUCAACCAGCACGCUCCCUUGCGACCUCUGUCAGCAGGAGAUCAGAUCAUGGCGGCGUGCCUGUCUUUGUCGGUGAGGGCGCUAAGCCUGGCACGGUGCCUACCGACUUGGAGCAAUCUACCGGCUUGGAGCGUAUCGAACUGCUCGGAAAGCUGCAAGGCGUCGAUAUCUUCGACAUGAGCCCGCUCAAGGUCGAGCAUAUGGGCACACUCAAGAAUCCUAUCAUGGUCGCCAGCUUGGACAAGUCUCGCACGGUCGGAUGCACCGGCUUCCCAGUCGACUCUCAUGAUACGAUCUACAUGGUCGUGCCGCAUCAGGAGCAAGCAACACGCUGCCCAGAGUGCGGCUGCGCGUAUGCAAUCGACUUCCAAGGCAUCGAAGAGGAACACGGUCAUCAUUAGAGUCCUGCCCUUCUAAGGAGCUGUUUGUCAAGAUGCAUAGAGCGAAG